GAAAAUGUGUACCUAUAGAAAUUGUCUAUAUAUUAUUACAUCCCAAGAUUUGCAUAAAAAAGACAACUUUAACAAGAACAGAAAAUACCCAAUUGCUCAGAAAACAGUUUUACACAGUUGUGUUCAAGUUUUCACUGCAAAUGAAGAAAGGAAUUUUAGCCCCUAAUCUAAAGCUUUCUCUUCCUCUUCCUGAUGAAGUUCAUCUCUCUAAAUUCCUGACUGAAUCAGGGACUUUUAAGGAUGGGGAUCUUCUUGUGAAUAGGGAUGGAGUUCGAAUUGUCUCUCAGAAUGAAGUUGAAACUUCUUCAGUUACACAGCCAUCAGACAACCAGUUAUGUUUAGCUGAUUUUGAAGCGAUUAAGGUUAUUGGGAAAGGAAAUGGUGGUCUAGUGCGGUUAGUUCAACAUAAAUGGACAGGCCAAUUCUUUGCUCUCAAGGUUAUUCAAAUGAAUAUUGAAGAGUCUGUUCGCAAGCUUAUUGCUCAGGAGCUGAGAAUUAAUCAGUCAUCCCAAUGUCCUUAUGUUGUUAUAUGCUAUCAAUCAUUCUUUGAUAAUGGUGCUAUCUCCAUAAUCUUGGAGUAUAUGGAUGGCGGCUCUCUAGCAGACUUUAUGAAAAAAGUCAAAACGAUUCCUGAACCAUAUCUUGCUGCCAUCUGUAAGCAGGUGCUCAAAGGCUUGUGUUAUCUUCAUCACGAGAAGCACAUCAUUCAUAGAGACUUGAAACCUUCGAAUUUGCUAAUCAAUCACAGAGGUGAUGUCAAGAUCACUGACUUUGGUGUGAGUGCAGUACUAGCAAGCACAUCAGGACACGCCAAUACCUUUGUUGGCACAUACAAUUAUAUGUCUCCAGAGAGAAUUUCAGGAGGAACCUAUGGGUAUAGAAGCGAUAUUUGGAGCUUGGGUUUAGUUUUUCUAGAGUGUGCAACAGGUCAAUUCCCGUAUUCACCACCCCAGGGAGAGGAAGGAUGGGUUAAUGUUUAUGAGCUUAUGGAAACAAUUGCUGACCAACCAGCUCCUUGUGCUCUUUCUGACCAAUUUUCUCCUCAGUUCUGCUCAUUCAUAUCUGCAUGCAUCCAGAAGGAUCCAAAGGACAGAUUGUCGGUAAACGAGCUCAUGAGGCAUCCUUUCAUCACUAUGUACAAUGACCAGGAUGUUGAUCUGGGGUCUUAUUUGCAGCUGCUGGACCUCCACUGGCAACACUUUGAGCUAUAAUUAAUUUUGUACCUUGUAUUGCAAUUCGCAAGCGGUUGCCUGCAUCCACAAUCGUGGCGAAGUAGUUUAACGAGUGCUCCAAAAAUGUAAAAGACAACCUCCAGAUAUCCUGUCAAACUGCUGGCUUUGUAAUUACAACAGGAACUACACCUCCAUAUUUGCUUCCGCGACACCAGGUUGUGGUAUAUGAGUUAUUACCUGUUUGGAACAGGAUUUUUCAUCAAUGUUAAGUUGGAAGUAGAAAAUGCACUGGGUUGUCAUUUUUUACUUUGGAAUCAACUGAGUCAUAGCUUGUAAUAGUAUGGUGGUGAACUUUUACAGGAAUAUUACAUAGCAUUGAUGUUUUGCA